AUGGUCCCUCCAUUCAUUGAAGUACUAGCCAUCUACCUACUUGGAGGCCUCACCUUUAUACCCAUCACGUUUCUUUUGGUAUACUUUGUGUCACCCGCUAUCAAAACAACAACGCAAGACCAGGCACCCACUGUCCACAAUACCACUACUACCACCAAUGCAUACGCACAAAACGGCAAAAAAGGUUGGAUUAGACUCACCAAAACAUACAAACCCAAGGAAUCAGAAUCCAAUGUCGCAGUGCUUUUAUCCUAUGUCCAAGGCGUAGGCGUCAAACGUCAAAAGGAGCAUGUAUACGCUGAACUCAAGUGCGGCGCCUUAUUCAUAUAUGAAACGAAUCAGACAGACGAUGAAUGCAAAAUCAUCAUUCCAGUCCAUAAUUACAAUAUCACCAUGUACAAUCCUGAUAAACAGCAACAGCACGAUCAUGACAUGUUUAGUAAAUCAACGUGGCUGAAAUUAACGCCUAAACCAGAUGUGAUUGACAUGGACAGCAGCCAAGUACUCAUACCCCAUCACCAUGAGGGUUCUUCCUCUUCCCCCUAUCUGACCACGCAUAAUGAGCUCUUUAUCACAUGUGCUCGUCCUGUCGACAAGGAGGAUUGGUAUUUUGGACUGCUGGCAGCUACUCAGAUGAUGGCAGAAUCUUCCUCGCAUGUUGAGAUGAUGGAUAUGACACAUUUUGAUUCAUCCGCUAUGCAGACAUUGAUUUCUACUGUGCAACAAGAUGCUGAAUACCGUGAGGUACAAUGGUUGAAUGCCAUCUUGGGCAGGCUCUUUUUAGGUCUCUAUAAGACGGAUGCUAUGCGGCGCUAUUUACAAGACAAGAUCUCCAAGAAGGCCAAGAAGAUCAAGCGACCUGGUUUUCUAGGAGACAUUGUUGUUCAAAGUGUGGAUAUUGGGGACUCGAUUCCUUACGUGACACAGCCCAAGUUGCUUUCCUUGACGCCGGAGGGAGAUCUUGAAGCGGAAGCUACGAUCCAUUAUGCAGGUGGACUCCGUGUGGUGAUACAGACUGAUUUCACGUGGACUUAUUCGUCGCUGAUGAAGCCAUUUCGGGUGCCUUUGGUGUUGUCUGUCAUGCUAAAGAAGUUGUCUGGUAAAUUCCUAGUCAAGGUCAAGCCUCCACCUACAAAUCGCUGCUGGAUUGGGUUCUAUGAGAUGCCAGACAUGGAGUGGGAAAUUCAACCCAUUGUCUCUGAUAAACAAAUCCGUCUCUCUAUGGUCGCCAAUGCUAUUCAGUCAAAAAUUCGUGAGUUUAUUGUGGAUAACAUCGUCUUGCCGAAUAUGGAUGAUUUCCCAUUCUGCCCUUCAGGUGGCCAUGGUGGGAUAUUUGGAGAGCGUGUGCCAAAACCAAGCUCACCGAAAUCAACCAUGCCUUCCACGCCCAGCAACAGAAACAUGGAUGUGGAUAUGCUAGGCAACAAAGUCAACAAGACGGUGGUCCCUCCCAAGGUAGUUGUAACGCAGCAGGCAGAGCAAGAUAGUCUGACAGUGCCAGCAUCGAUCAAGACACCUGCACGUAGAGCAACAGUAGGCAAUCUGGAUGUAUCCAACAGCUUAAAAGCAGAAAACAUGCAAAGCGCCCACAGAGCCAGAGGUUAUUCAAACCCCAAUAUCCGCCGUAUGAGUAGCAGUAGCAGUAGCAGUAGCAGUAGCAGCAGCAACAGCGGCGAGGAUAGUAUUCAUGAGGAAGCAUCACCAGCUAUGGUUGUGUCAUCGCCAAUCAUUGCUAGUGCCAUGACAACAGGCCGAAGAAUGGCAUCCAACAUGGGGUUCAGAAAGAGACAGUCUACACCAACAACCGCAGUACCUUCAUUGGCAUCUGUGCCAUCUGAGGAAAAGGAUCAAGGAGAGCAACCAUCAUCCAAUGCCGAUACCAACGCGACCAUCACUGUGAAAAAUGUCCAGACAGAAUCAAUCCUUGACGCCGACGCUAUUUCUCUUGCUUCCUUGUCUACUUCCGCUGUGAAAUCAGGCACCAAUCUACUAACGAAGUUCAGCAAUGUCAGCAAAGGAGCUAAACUCAACAUUAAUACCAACAAGAAGCUAUACACCAUGGCAGGUAAUCUGUUCAACAAAAAGAAAGUAUCUCAAGAAAUGCGUGAUGAGCGCAAUAGAGAACUACUGGAAUCACACAAUCGCAAAAUGAUGAACCUGUUUUUAAACAAUGAGCCAGCCAUCAUCGCCAAGCAGCAGCAACAGCAACCACCGCCCUUACCGCCUAGGCCUGGUAGCAAGACAUGCUCAAGCCCAUCAUCCAGCUCUUCAUCAUCAGAGGAUGAGGCUACAACGACAACACCCACAUCCAUAGACUAUAUACCAAAACAGGAGGAUGCGAUAACAACAACAUCCAUUUUGAUUCAAGAAUACCAAUCAUCUUUACAAUAA